AUGUUUGCAAUUUCGAGGAGUUUCCGGUUAAGCACUUACCUUUCGGGCUUUCGACGGUGCUUAAGCCAAUCCAGUCCGCCCGGGCCCCGCAUCCUGGCCGCAAUCGAUUUCGAUAAGACCAUCGUGCAGGAGGACUCCUAUCUGGCAGUGAGCCAGCUGCUGCCCAUCGGCCAGAGCAAGGAGCUGCAGGACCAGAUCCCCAAGUGCGGCUGGCUGGGCUUCAUCGGUCGCGUGCUGGAGCUGCUGCACAGCGAGCACAAGGUGGACUCCGCGUCGGUGGGAAUGCGUGUGCGCCGCCUCCAGGCUGUGCCGGGGAUGCUGCGAGUUGUGCGGCGGCUGGCCAGGAACCCUGCGGUCGAUCUGUGCAUCGUCAGCGAUGCCAACUCCUUCUUCAUCGGCGAGUGGCUGCGGGAGUACGCCAUCGAGUGCCUCUUCACCGGCGUGUUCACCAAUCCCGCCUGCGUCCAGGCGAGCGGCGAGGUUCUGGUGCUGCCCUACCAGGAGCAGGCCGACUGUGAGCUGUGCCCCUCGAAUCUCUGCAAGGGCUCCGUGCUGGAGGAGCUUAUCUGCAGCGGACUUUACCGGCGGGUGGUCUAUGUGGGCGACAGCUGCAACGAUCUGUGCGCCAUGAAGCGGCUCCGGGAGGAGGACGUGGCCUGCAUCAGGCGCGGAUACGAACUGCACGGGAAGCUGGCCGCCCACGGACCGGAACUCGCCUGCUCCGUGCUGGCCUGGCGCGACGGCCACGAGCUGGAGCAGCUCCUGGUGCCCAAAGUCGUCGAUUAGUGUUUGUGUAAGGCCAGGUUAUUAA